AUGGUUUUAGAUAUUGGAAAGGGAUUGUUAGUCGGAAAAUUUGUAAUAACAACAUUGGUAAUAGGAGCUGUUGUUACUACAACAGGUUCAGCGUCAAUACCUAUCGGAAUUGGUGCAGUAAUAAUUGGACAAGGUGUCGUUUAUAUAGCAGAUAUAUACGAUAAUAAACCUCUCGAGUUUGUAGGAGAGGUUUUAAGCAGCGUGGGUACAACUAUAACAUUGAAUGGCAUAAUGGGAAGAUGGAAGGCAUCUAAACAAUAA